CAAGAAAUAAUGCUUAUCGUAAAGCCAUAUUUGAUUUUCCUAAUAAAAACAAUUGUAAUAAACAAUAUUUUGUUUCCAAAUUCAUAAAAAUGACUUUGCAAUUGUUACACAGAUGUUCAGUUUCACUCUUUAUAAUAUUCUUGAUACGUCCAAGAGGCAUCCAAACCUUGGCUUCUAUUGGCAAACAACAGCAAUACUACCAUGCUGUCAGACAAUCUGGAGGAGCUGACUUUCAACAACCAAUUUUAAGUUCAGACUUGACCAGACGACUACUCCAGAAAGGGGAUGAUGAAAACCGAUAUUCAAUAAAUGAGGAACCAGGUUUUGACCUGACACCAGGAGAAAUCAAAAAGUUCAAACUAUGGCCUGAUGGCGUCAUUCCUUAUUACAUCGACGUUGUUUCAUUUAGUGACAAGGUUCUUCGCGAUCAGAUCCGUACAUCACUGUCCUGGCUCAAUAGCAAGACGGCGCUCAGCUUUCAAGAGCUACCCACACCUCCAGAGGACGGUGAGACUCGCUGGGUGUUUUUCGCUAACCGACGAGGUCAGCUGGGCUGUAGUGAUCAUUCAAUCCAGAAUUUCUCCAAUACAGGUGUACAGUUAGUACAUUUGGGCUACGAUUGUAUGGGAGGAGACCUGGCAGAUGCCUUACUAUUACUGGUUGGGGUCCCAGCCCAGCAUACUGCACCGGAUCGAGAUAUAUAUAUCAAAGUUGUUGAAAAAAACAUCCUUCCCGAGAAAAGAUACCUAUACAAAAAAUUGACUAACACUGAGUGGUUGUUCCACGACGUUGCGUACGACUAUGCGAGUGCUUCUCAUUUUGAUACCCAUAGGCAUUCCAUGAACGGACGUGCAACUAUUGAAGUUCAGGGCAAAUACGGUGAUAAUAUAGGAGGACAAUCUAAAAUUUCUAAAAGUGAUUUAGAGAAGAUCAGAAUGCUCUAUAAUUAUAUAGUCAAGCAAAAGUCGAGGGAAAUUCCUGAUUGUGAUAAACUUUUCAAAAAAAGCCCCAAAUACUAUAAACAAUUAGACGUAAGAGACGAGCCUAAACCUAGGAAGAAAUGUAAUAAAUAUCUUGGCAUUGAUGAAUCUGACGAACAUCACAAUGAUGACCGUGAUGAUGACAUUCAUCCAUUGGUACCAAAAGAAGACGUACCAAUAGUAGACGAUGAGAAAAAAGAAGAGAAAGAGGUAACAGAGUUAAUGAAAGAAAUAAAAUCACAAUAAUUCAGA